AACUUCAAAGUUCAAAGAAAACGAUUUGUAUAAGUGCGAAUCGAAUGAAUAAUUUAUAUUUUUUUAUAUCGUGCGCCGAAUGUUUAAAUAAUAAUGGUUUUUUAAUGGUAAAAAAAGUGACGUCGACUGUUUUAUUUUUAUUGUUAGAACAAUUAGAAAUUUAGUCUGAACGUUUUAAUAGUGAAGUUAUUAAUUUGUGUAGAUGCCUUGACAAAAAUCAUUUAAAAAUGAGCAAAAUGUCGAAGAAUAAAUUAAAUUUGACCCUACCACCGGGGUCUAUAGACACAGCUCCGGCAGUAACUCCGUCUAAUAUGACUCCCCAGCUGAAAUCUGCAACAGCUUCAGAGAGGCAAGGCCUAGCUGGGAAGUCAAAGACUAGUAUUGAAGCUUUGACUGAGAGAUUGGAGCAAAUAGAGAUGGAUGACACACAAAGGAGAAGAAUAGAAGUAUUUUUAUGUCAGAAAGAAAAGAUCGGAGAGCUAAGCGAUGAUGACUUCGAGAAACUUGGCGAACUGGGUCAAGGAAAUGGUGGUGUGGUGAUGAAAGUACGUCACAAAUCAACUGGUCUUAUCAUGGCUCGUAAGCUCAUACAUCUGGAAGUAAAGCCAGCCAUAAAAAAGCAAAUUAUAAGAGAGCUGAAAGUUUUGCAUGAGUGUAAUUUCGCACAUAUUGUGGGUUUUUAUGGAGCAUUCUAUAGUGACGGUGAAAUUUCUAUAUGCAUGGAAUAUAUGGAUGGUGGAUCACUGGAUUUAAUUUUGAAGAAGGCUGGUAGGAUUCCUGAAUCUGUAUUAGGAACAAUAACAUCAGCAGUUCUCAAAGGUCUGAGUUAUUUGCGAGACAAACAUGCAAUUAUGCACAGAGAUGUGAAGCCGUCCAAUAUUUUGGUGAACAGUAAUGGUGAGAUCAAGAUUUGCGACUUUGGUGUCUCUGGGCAGCUUAUUGAUUCUAUGGCCAACUCGUUUGUCGGCACUAGGAGUUAUAUGUCUCCUGAACGUCUUCAAGGCACACAUUAUUCGGUUCAAUCAGACAUAUGGUCUCUGGGACUGUCCCUUGUGGAGAUGGCAAUAGGCAUGUACCCCAUACCCCCGCCUGAUGCUAAAACACUGGCUUCUAUAUUUGGUGGACAGAAUGAAGAUCAUUCACCUGGACAGGCACCUAAUUCCCCUAGACCAAUGGCUAUAUUUGAACUACUGGACUAUAUCGUGAAUGAGCCGCCACCCAAGUUGCCCACUGGAGUGUUUUCUGAUGAGUUCACGGACUUUGUAGAUCGCUGUCUCAAGAAGAACCCCGAUGAGCGCGCUGACCUUAAGACGCUUAUGAAUCACGGCUGGAUCCGUUCGGCAGACGCGGAACGCGUGGACAUAGCGGGAUGGGUCUGCAAGACUAUGGAUCUGAUGCCCUCCACGCCCAAUUCCAAUGUGUCUCCUUUUUCUUCAUAAGCUGCAAGAAGUGCAUACUUUCAUCAGCGAAAAAGGGUCAAAACAUUUCCCAAGAGAAAGCGGGCGAGACAAUCAGUGAGGACGAAGACUCAGUGUAGCCCCAAACAGGCCGCAGUAUGUCAACUCUAGACAACCAUUACUGAACCAAACAAACCAAUCAACAGUCCACCGACCGAUCACGUAUAGAUUACUCCUGGGCACUAUUAAACGUUAUUUUGUAUAAACGGAAUAAAUAAAUAAUUCUAUCGCAUUUCAAAAUUCGAACGUCCUUCGCAAGGAUACGACAAUUCGUACGAAGCUUCAGGGAAAUAAGUACGUCCACGCCGUAUAGCGAUAUAUGGCGUUGUGAGUACGAUGGGCAACUUCAUUAGGGUGUGAUACUAAAACAUAGUGCAAUCGCGUAAAUAGUGGGGUUUUAAGCGAUAAUCUAACAUCUAAUCGAUUAAUGGUCAAGUAGAGUUGAUUUCACUAGUUGCAAGAAAUAAAAUUGUUAGUAGUGUUUUGACAUAUUUUUCUUUGCUGAAAGUGCGUAAUUCAUGUCAGCUGGUAAAUGUUUAAAAUAGGUGGCGCCGAGCGUCAUCGAGCGUUGGAAUACUCAAACGCCGUUCCGAACGACGGCGUGGGAGCGUUCCAAAACUCCAAUCAUGUAGUUAUUGUAAAACGCAUUUUUAUAGAAAAUACACUAAAAACAUAUAAACCCAAAAAAAAUAUAUUAACUUUGUAGCUAUUUUGACGUGAUGCACUUUUCCCGCGUUUGUUUUCGCUUUGUUUUAGUGAGCCCCGCCUUACCCAUAUUGCACCUAGUUUGUAGGCAACACGCUAUGUGUGAACGAGUGAGUGAACGAAUGGUUUGGUGACGUUUUGAAUCCCGUGUCUCCAAAUUUUAAAUUACGAACGUAAUCCUUCUAGUUUUGAACGAGAGAUUUGAAGUUAUUCUAUUAUACAAUUUGAAAAUCGAACCUUCUAGUUUUCUUUUGUUUUUAGUAGUUAAAGAUUUCGCCCUUGAAGAUAAUUGAC